UGUUAAAAAGACAAAGUACCAGAAAACGGACAAAGAGAAGACACCUUUCGGCUUGGCGAAGUUUCAUUUCCUAUACUUUCCCUCUGUUUCUUGUUUGUUUCUAUCCCUCGAGAAAGUUAGGGUUUCCAAAAUCUUCACUCACAUUUCUCUCAGUUUCUCCACAUGGGUUUCUGGGAGUACCUUCUUGAUUGGCUCCGGAGCUUGUUCUUUAAACAGGAAAUGGAACUUUCCCUUGUGGGUCUCCAAAAUGCUGGGAAGACAUCUCUCGUUAAUGCAAUUGCUACAGGAGGCUACAGUGAGGACAUGAUUCCAACUGUUGGGUUCAAUAUGCGGAAAGUUACAAAAGGGAACGUCACAAUAAAGCUUUGGGAUCUAGGAGGGCAAAGGAGGUUUCGUACAAUGUGGGAGCGUUACUGUCGUGGUGUCUCUGCAAUUGUGUAUGUUAUUGAUGCUGCUGAUCGAGAUAGUGUUCCCAUAUCUCGAAGUGAGUUGCAUGAUCUUCUGACAAAACCUUCAUUAACCGGAAUCCCCGUGCUCGUUCUGGGCAACAAAAUUGACAAAUCGGAAGCUAUUUCCAAGCAAGCUUUGGUGGAUCAGCUUGGCCUCGACACAAUCACUGAUAGAGAAGUGUGCUGUUAUAUGAUCUCGUGUAAGGAUUCUAUAAACAUAGAUGUCGUUAUUGAUUGGCUUAUCAAACACUCAAAAUCUGCCAAAUAAGCAAUGGUUCAACCUUACACAAAAUUUUAUCUUUGCUUACGAAAGAUGAAGUGGGGAACAUGGCAGUUCUACCCCCCCGGGAGUUUCUUUAUCUCUCUCUCAUUUGGCUUCAUCUGUAUCAUUAAAAAGUGUUUCCUAAAGAAAUGGAACUCUUGAGGCUUGUUUGUCAUGUAUUGUUAUAUGUACUUCCUUUUGUUCUUUCAUUGUUUCAGUUUGUCACAAACAGCCGAAUAAACUUAAAACUUUUUCGGGUUUAUCUCAAGGAUUAUAGCAGUGUACCUUAUGCUUGUGAUCA